AUGUCGUCUCUUUUGGGGACUAACACGUUCAAUCCAGACAAGGAUAUUCCUGAUUUGUCUGGCAAGAAUUAUAUCGUCACUGGGGGUAGCGCUGGGAUAGGAUUUGGCAUUGCUGCCCACCUCUUGCAGCACCAUGCCGGAAGCGUCACCAUUUUGUCCAACAAGGAAGAGCAUGCUCAUUCCGCGCUCGAAGAGCUGAAAGAGUAUGGAGAUGCGAGCAAGGCUCACUGGGUGAAGUGCGAUCUCGAGGACCUCAAGGCCACCGAGAAGGUUGCCAAUGAGUUGGCAGGGUCUCAGGAAAAGCUCCACGGUCUCAUCCUCAACGCCGGCCUGGGCGUAGGAGUCUACAACGAGACGAAGGACAAGCUCGAUUCACAUUUCCAGGUCAACCACCUUUCGCAGUUCCUCCUGUUGCUGAAGCUUCUCCCCCGGCUUCAACACACUCCGGGAUCUCGCGUGGUCUUUGAGUCGUCAGAGCUGCAUCGCGGUGCAGAAGAUAACGUGCAGUUCGAGAACGAAGCCGAGAUCAACAAGGACAUCGGGCCUACCAAGCUCUACAAUCGGACCAAGCUUGCUCAGAUCUUGACCACACGGGCUCUCCAGCGCCGGAUCGAUAGUGGCCAGCUGGGUUUCGAAGCGGGUCAAAAAGUCUAUGUCAAUGCGGUGCACCCGGGAGCGGUCGCCACCGAUCAACCACUGCAAGCCGAAGAGGCUUAUGGGAAGCUCGGCGUCGUGGGUCACAAGCUCGUCCGGCCUUUUAUGGCCGAUCCAGUCGCGACAGGUUGCCGGUCGGCGCUGUAUGCAGCGACAAGCCAGGAGAUCGAGGAGAAAGGCAUCAGUGGACAGUAUAUCGUGCCGGACAAGAAAGUGACCGACCCAAGUACUAUGGCCCAAGACGUGGAGCUUGGCGAGCGGCUGUGGAGGCUGAGUGAGCAGUUGCUCAAAGAGAAACUCGGGUGA